ACCCAAGCUUAUAUAGAAGUCGGAAAAAAAGGCGCGAUAUGUCGCUCAUACCGUUGUGUACUGUUGUAUAUGUCACUUAUUAAACAACAUUUAUUUUUAUAUUAUUUUUCUAUUUUCUGUAGUAUUUUAUUAAUCAUAAUCGACUUACAAUUCAGAGACAUCUGAGGAUUUCUUCAAAAUUUGGUUUGGAGAAUUACCUUUACGUUAUCUGACCAACAUUGUCAAAGUUUGUAAUAUUAUAAAGCAUGUCUGCUGAAGUUAAAACCGACAUUAAAAACGUUCCAUCUCCAGAACCAAUGGAUGAUGAAAACGAUGCGCUAUUCGAUGAAAUUUGUGCAAAUAUUAUAAAUGAAUGUAAAAAAGAAAACGUAGAAACAAUUGCAUGUAUAAAAGAGGAGACGGUCGAAGAAUGCGUUAUCAAAAAGGAAAAUUUGGAUAAAACAAAAGAAUUGAGGUAUUGUCAAGAAGAUAUUAAACGAAAAUUCAACGAUGAUAACAAUUUGGAUUCAGAAAAAAAGACUAAACAUCAUAACACAAAAAGAGAAGAUAUUGGACUAUGGUAUGAUGAUGAGGAUGAUGAGGAAUAUGAAUCUAUGCCCAAAAGAAUUCGCGAAAGUCACAUUAAUGGUUCAGAAGAACAGCAACAAAGACUUAGAAAUAAUAGUGCAUCAAGUAGUAGUACAACUUCUUCUGGUCCUAAUGUCAAGAAGCAAGUUGAAUAUGAAACUGAUCCUUCUGUGCUGUCUCGCAGACAAAAAGAUAUUGAUUACGGAAAAAAUACUAUUGGCUACGAUAGAUAUGUUCAACAGAUUCCCAAAGAUAAACGUAUUAAAGAACAUCCAAGGACACCUCCAAUGCAUCUAAAAUACACUAGAAGGGGCUGGGAUGGUAUGGUAAAAUUAUGGAGAAAAAAACUUCACAUUUGGGAUCCACCACAAGAUAACUCUGAGAAUAAACAUUCUGAUGAAACAAGCGAGGAAAAUGGUGUUGCUUGUCAGUGAUACUAGUUAUUCGGUGAAUAUUGUAAUUUUAAGUUUGUUUUCACAAUGUGAUUUAUAGUUGAUAUUGCAUAUAAACGCAAAAUUUUAAUACCUUCGA